AUGUGGAGCCGUGCGCGAGCCGCUGCCGCCGUACUUUUCGGCGUCGGGGUCAGUGCAAGUUGCCCAAAUUACGCCGACUACUCUCGGCGGCAACACGAGCCACUGUCGGAUGGGGCCUUUCGUCUGUCCUAUAUGAGACCCGAGCCGGCAUGUCGCACCUUCAAUUCCACUCUCGUCGAGGAUGCCAUCACGCGCGUCAAGGACCAGAUCUGGGAUCCGGAUCUCUCCCGCCUGUUCGAGAAUACUUGGCCCAAUACCUUGGACACGGCCAUCAAGUGGCGGGGUGUGGCUGCCAACAACACCGAGGAAGAGCUGUGUUUUGUCAUCACUGGGGACAUCAAUGCCAUGUGGGUGCGCGACAGCGCCAAUCAGGUCGCCCCCUACAAAUACGUCCUGAGCAGCCCUGCCGACGACGUUGCCUCCGUUUUCCGCGGCGUCAUCAACCUGCAGGCCCGGUAUUUGGUUGUCAACCCUUACUGUAACGCUUUUCAGCCGCCGACAGAGUCCGGACUUCCUCCAGACAGUAACGGCGGCAUCUACUCUGUCACUCCAUCCUAUAACCGGAAUUUUGUAUACACUUGCAAUUUCGAGCUCGACGACUUCGGCGGCUUUCUACAGCUCUCUCAUGACUACUACACUGCAACUGGUGACUUGGAUUUCUUUGGCAAGUUUCAGUGGGUGCAUGCCAUCCAGUCUAUACUGUCUGCUUCCAGGGCGAUGCAACAGCCCACGUACGACCAGGAUGGUAAAUGGGUUCGUUCGGCCUACACGUUUCAGUCACAGACAAUGACGGCAUUUGGGACGCUAGGAAAUAAUGGCAUGUCUAACCCUAUCAAUGAUACUGGUUUGAUCCGUUCCCCCUUUAGGCCGAGCGACGACGCGGCCAUCUUUGACCUGAGCAUUCCCGCCAAUAUGAUGAUGGCCAGGUACCUGACGACAAAUGCCGAUAUCAUGGAACGGCUUCCCAACGCGCCCGCUGGACUGGCCCAAGAGAUGCGCGACAUGGCUACGCAGGUGCAAGAAGCCAUCAAGGAAUGGGGUAUUGUCAGGGCACCCAGCGGUAAGGAAAUAUAUGCCUACGAGGUUGACGGAUUUGGAGGACGUAGUCUAAUGGAUGACGCCAAUGUCCCAUCCCUCUUGUCUGCGCCCUUUCUGGGAUACCUAGACAAGACGGAUGAGAUUUACCAAAACACCAGGGAAUUCGUCCUAAGCCGGGCGAAUCCGUGGUACUGCAGCGGUCCCAUCAUCAGCGGCGUUGGGAGCCCGCACAUCCGACCCGGGGCGACCUGGCCCAUGUCAGUCAUCAUGAGAGCCAUGACAAGCAGCGAAGAUGGAGAAAUCAUAUCUUCCAUCAAGCAAGUCCUGCAAAGUACUGCGGGUCUAGGACUUAUACACGAGAGUGUCGAUGCCUAUAGUGCCAGUACAUGGACUAGACAAUGGUUCACCUGGGCAAACGGUUUGUUCGGACAACUCGUUAUGGAGCUGGAGCAGCGAAACUCAUCCGUCCUACAAGAAAGCUUCCAGCCACUGCGGUACCGUGAUGUUUAA